GUUUCCCUUUCCUGCCGCCUCCAUCCCGCUGACAUCAGACGAAAGUGGAAGAAGAGGAGAGGCAAGGAGAAGGAAGAGAGAAAAUCGGAUAAAUACGGAUGUAGAAAGUGAUAAGAGGCCAUGGCUGCCGGGGGAACCGUCUUGCCCUUCGUCAGAGGGAUCGACCUGACCAAAAAUGACUUUAAAGCAAAAACGAUGGGACGAGGCCCUGGAGCGCCCACCGCUAAACUACCAAGAGUUCUUUGAUGAAGAUGUAGGCCAGAUCCCUGGAAUUACAAUCUGGGAAAUUGAAAACUUCCUGCCAAACCAGAUUGAGGAAUCAGUUUAUGGCAAGUUCUAUGAAGGGGACUGCUAUAUUGUCCUCAAGACUGAGAUGGACGAUUCUCAGAAUCUUGAGUGGAAGAUCUUUUUCUGGAUUGGUGAGAAGUCUACGUUGGACAAAAAGGCCUGUUCUGCCAUCCACGCUGUCAACCUGCGCAACUACUUGGGGGCUCAAGGACGCACACACAGAGAGGAGCAAGGAGAUGAGUCAGAUGAUUUCCUGGAGCUGUUUGACCACGACAUCACAUACAUUGAGGGUGGAAGGACAGCUUCUGGGUUCUUCACAGUGGAGGAGAUGGAUUAUCCUGUUCGCCUGUAUCGUAUCUUCCCAACACACACUGGUAUCCAUCUGGAAACUGUGGCUUGCUGCGUGGAGUCCCUUGACCCACGACAUGUAUUCCUGCUGGAUGACGGCAAGGUGAUCUAUGUGUGGCAGGGAAGCAAGUCCAAGAAGACUGUCACCACGAAGACCCGACUGUGUGCAGAGAAGAUGAGCAAAGAGGAGCGUAAGAACCUAGCUGAAAUCCACACCUUGGUUCAGGGGAAAGAGCACCCAGAGUGGCCACAGUUCUGGCAGGCACUAGGACUUGAUGAAGGGGAAGAGGAGGAAAUAGAACUGGAGGAGCAUGUUGAUCCUUCAUUUACCCCAGUAGUGCCCAGGCUCUAUCAAGUUGGCUUGGGUAUGGGCUACUUGGAGUUACCACAGGUCGAGAUUCCAGAAGGAAAAUUAGUCCAAAAGCUUCUCAGGACUAAGAAUGUCUACAUUUUGGACUGCUACUGUGAUGUCUUUGUCUGGAUUGGCCGGAAAUCUACCAGAUUGGUACGUGCAGCUGCUCUGAAAUUAUCACAAGAGUUGCUGAAGAUGAUUUUACGUCCAGAUCAUGCUGCAACCACUCUCGUGAAGGAGGGUACAGAACCCCAGGUGUUCAAGACCAAAUUCACAGGUUGGACAGAUGUUAUUGAUGUUGACUUCACAAGAACUGCAGAUUCUGUGAGAAAGACUGGAGCCAAUCUGAAGGACUGGUGUGCCAAGCAGGAGACCAAGGUAGAUCUGAGUGCAUUGUUUACACCUCGACAGCAGCCCAUGUCCCUGGAGGAAGCGCAACAGUGCAUGGAUGAAUGGAAUGAUGAUCUGGAUUCUAUGGAUGCCUUUGUGUUGGAAGGUAAGAAGUUUGUCAAGCUUCCUGAAAAUGAGCUUGGACACUUCUACUCUGGAGAGUGCUAUGUCUUCCUCUGCCGCUACUGGGUGCCAGGAGAGCCACCAGAGGAUGACAAGGAGGAAGAGACAGAGCCCGAGGAUGACUUCCAGUGUGUGGUCUACUUCUGGCAGGGACGACAGGCCUCAAACAUGGGCUGGCUCACCUUCACCUUCAGUCUCCAGAAGAAGUUCGAAGCACUUUUCGGUGAUAAGCUUGAGGUUUCAAGAAUGCACCAACAGCAGGAGGUUGUAAAGUUCAUGGCCCACUUCAAAAGGAAGUUUGUUAUCCACUCAGGCAGGCGCAGGCAGGACAGACAGCAGGCCAAGCCAGAGGAAGAGGAAAAACCAGCUGAACCAAAGCCAAGUGACCAGAAGCCCAUGAGACCGAAGCCGAAGCCCAGACCCCCGCCCCCUGUAGAGGAACCCCCAAAGCCCAAACCAGAGCUCUUCCACAUGCGGUCCAAUGGAUCCCCGCUCUUCACUCGAUGCAUCCAGAUCGAACCAAAUGCUGCUUCACUCAACUCUGAGUUCUGCUACAUCCUUAAAGUACCUUUCGGACAGGAUGAUGACAGUGGCAUUGUGUAUGUCUGGCUCGGGGAGAAGAGCGAUGAGGAGGAAGGCCGCUUGGCAGAGGAAACAGCACAAGAGAUGUACGAUCCAGAGAAGUAUAGCCUACAGGUUGUAAGAGAAGGAGAAGAGCCAGAAAACUUCUUCUGGAUUGGAAUUGGUGGGAGGAAGGCCUAUGACAAGGACGCAGCUUACAUGCGUCAUACCAGGCUCUUCCGAUGCUCUAAUGAGAAAGGCUAUUUUGCGGUCUCUGAGAAAUGUUCAGACUUCUGUCAGGAUGACCUGGCAGAUGAUGACACCAUGAUCCUGGAUGACGGGGCUAAUGUUUUCCUCUGGCUUGGCUCAAAGGCUUCAGAUGUUGAAAUUAAACUUGCUCUUAAAUCUGCACAGGUAUAUGUGCAGAACUUGAGAGUAAAGCAACCCGAACUGCCCAGAAAACUGCUGUGUACGUUUAAGGGGAAAGAAUCAAAGAAGUUUACGCGAUGCUUCCAUGGCUGGGGAGAGUUCAAGACGACCCGCGAGUAAACAGAUUGAGAGAAAGAGGCACAUCUGCUUAGGUUUAGAUGGUCUCUGUUGUGUGGUAGUGAGUGCCUUCCAAAACUGCUUUCAUUAUAUGUGCUUAAAGUCCUACUAGUCUUUCCUUUUUUUUUGUGUAAACUUUUCUUUAUUUAAUUUUAUUUGAUAGAAUGUUUGAGCCACAUUAUUAUUCUUUUACAUUGCACAAGUUCUGACAAUUUUAGCAGAGCACUUGUUAAAAAGGAAAUUGGCUUAAAACAAGGUAUUUUAAAUUAUAUAUGAAAAAUAUUUGUUGUGUACAAUAAAUAAUUUUAUGUACAA